AUGUCGUUUCGCCAGAUGGAGGUAGAAUCCUCUAUGUUAACGCCGUGCCAUUAUCAGCUAGAGCUAAUCGACGCUGCCAGAGAACGAAACAUACUCAUUCCUUCUGAUAAUAACAACAGUAAAUCUUUUGUUGCUAUUAUGGCUAUAAGGGAAAUGGCCGCUGCUGUCCGAAUUCCAUUUCGUAUGGGCGGCAAAAGAGUUGUGUGGUUGGUGGAUAAAGCGCCGUCGGUUUCUCAGAAAGCGGAGCGCCUGCGCAUACAUACAAAUCUGGAGGUCGGCGAGUACACCGACGAAAAGUACAAUUCGUGGAACAGUGAUAAAUGGCGGGAAACGUUUUCGCGUAACCAGGUACUCGUUAUGACUGGCGGAGUAUUCUGCUUCCUUCUGGACAAUCGUUUUCUUGGCAUCGAGCGCACGAACUUGCUAAUUUUUGACGACUGCCAUCUCUGCCUCGAUAAGCAUCCGUAUCACAGGAUUAUGCACUAUCACAUGCAGUGCCCAGCUGGUACCGAACUUUUUAUAUACAGAUUUGACUUGCAUGCUUAA